AAAUAGAAAAACCAACUUUCUAUUUCAGAAUUUGACAUAAAUUUGAUUUUCUCCUUUAAAUUUCAAAUUACAUAAAAUCAUAAAACCAAAUUAAACAUUUUUUAAAUAAUGAGUCCCUCGUUAAGCGAUCAAGUUACCCUGUUAUCUUCACAGCUUGACCUCCUCCAGGAAUAUAUCGAGUUUAAAUUCGGGGUAGAUUUCAAGGAAUUUCAAUCCUUCAAAGAAACCCAUCCUUGUGGAGGAUUCGUCGUCGUAAAGAAAUCUAAUCUCUUCAACCAGUCCCACAUAAAUGGCGACAUAUACGACGAAACAAUUAACAAUGACGAUGAAGAAGAACAAGAUCCCCUUUACGGUGACGAGGAGGAAUUCGAACAAAACGAUAAUAUCGGAAUCGUCGUCAAAUCCGAAACCGUGUCGCCUUCCUGGAUGAGCGACAAUUUCGACCAGGGCGACGAUUUUGACCAGGAACGUGAUGUCCCAGUUUACGAACAAGAAGGACAAUACGUCACUGGCGAUGAUGACAUGCACCACAAGGAGGAAGACGAUUCGGUCAAUCCGAAUAUCGGGGUCUUAUCAAGGUCGUCACGAUCAGAUCGGAUGCCCGACCUCACCCCGAUCCCGGGCAGCACUAAAAAAACCCGUGGGGUCAGAUCGCUCAUAUCUAUGCGAGGAAUUCUUCCACUCUUAAAAAAAUUAGGGUCGGGAAAAAGUGUGGCGAAAACUGUCCACAUUUCAAAAACGUUGAAGCAAAACGUGACAUCGGGGAUCAUGUCGAGGGAUUCGUUUUCAGCAGUGAAGUUCAUAAAACAUGACGGGGCCCAUCGUCACGCCGAGUUUGGCGUGGAGUACAAAAUGACUGAGCGUGGGGAGAGGAUGUUGUAUCGAGAUUAUCUCUUCCGGGUGAACAAGCAUGACUGGAAAAAUGGUCGGAUUUACUGGCUUUGUGUCGGGAAAAAGUGUCCGGCCAGAAUUUCACAGGACGAAAAUGGUCGUCCGAUUCAAAAUAGGAUGCAUAACCAUCCCAAAUUUAUUGUAACUAAUUAAGAUGAUAGUUAACGGAUUAUGUGACGGGAUGGAAUUUUUUGUGAUUUGUUAUGAUGACUGAAAGCCACAUUUUUUUUAUUUUAUUUUAUUUUAUCAUUUGUUUUCUUGUUUGAAGUCGAUUUCGAUUUUGCUGUAAUUCUCGUAGCAUAGUUUUAUAUGAAAUUUUGAAAUUACUUUGGAAAUAUGUAGAUAGUUUAUUACCUAUAAGUUUUUGUACAAAGUUGUUUAUUACCAUGAAAAAGUAUUUUGGAUCAUUUAGUUCCUAAUUAAUUAGCUACAUAAUUUAGUAAUGGCAAGAAUUUAAUGACUCAUUCUUUAAGAAAUAAAUCCUUCGAUUUAAAACACCCGAAAUAUA